UCAUCAAUUCUUCGUAGUUGUCCCAUAAAACCAUUCGAAACGAAAUUCUCUCCCAUAAAACCACUUGAAACGAAAUUCUGUCACAAAACCAUGGCCAUGGAGUGCAUCCCUGUUGAGGAGCCUGCAGCAGGCCCUGCCGUCCCUCUCGUCCGCCUGAACCACGUCUCGUUCCAGUGCGCCUCCGUCGAGGAGUCCGUCGGCUUCUACCAGCGCGUGCUCGGCUUCGAGCUCGUCAAACGCCCGGCGUCCCUCGACUUCGGAGGAGCAUGGCUGCACAAGUAUGGCAUGGGGAUACACCUGCUGCAACGUGGCUCGGAUUCCAACGCACCGGCGGCGGCGAGGCCGCCGGCGAUCAACCCCAAGGGCAACCACAUCUCCUUUCAGUGCACGGACAUGGGGCUCAUGAAGGCGAGGCUGGCGGACAUGGAGCUGGAGUUCGUCGCGGCGUGGGUGCGGGACGGGGAGACGGUGGUGGAGCAGCUCUUCUUCCACGACCCCGACGGCAACGUCAUCGAGAUCUGCGACUGCGAGAAGCUCCCCGUGGUACCCCUCGCCGGUGCAGGCGCCGGCGUUCCCAGUCUGCUGCUGCCGGUGCAUGAUGGCUAGUUCGUUGUUCGUGGUACUCCUUGGAAGCUUAGCAGGAUUAUUGUUUGAUUCAUUCAUUGGAUUUGUGAGUUGUAAGUUGUAACUAGAGAAAGUUCUGUACGCUACUGUAGCUUUCGCUGUACAUUUGUUGCCCAAAUUCAAGUGUCCAUAAUGUACAUACAAGAAGAGGGAGAUUUCCGGUUCAC